AUGACGUACAGUAACUUACAGAUCCUUCCAGAAUCGUUGUACUUCUACUCGACUGACAACGUGCACAUUACAAUGAUUGUUGGCACUGACAAUGGCAGGGUUUUCCUGGCUGGUAGAGAUGGCUGUCUCUAUGAAUUGGAUUAUCAGUUGUACUACCUCGGCAAAGAUGGCACGAAGCUGAUCAGCAUUGACUCCAUCAGCCAUGAUAAGAGUGUCAAAAAGAUCAUGAACAUGAUCAAAAAUGUAGACAGGUCAAAGUUCAGCCCGAUCGUUCAGAUGUGUUGCGUGCGUGCAUUUGAAUCUGACCGCAUCCAUCUUGUAGCUGUUACAUCUUCGGGGAUUCGAUUCUACUACACGACUCGAGCUCCCACGGAAAAUGCUCCACCACCGACGGCCGCCCCUAACUGCCUAACUCUCUUUCAUAUUAGGAUACCCCCCGGGUUUUUGGGUCAAAUUAAUGCUAUGUCGUCAUCGAUGACGUCAACGAUGUUUCACGUUGAACAGCCAAACAAUGUUCACAUGGCUGCAAGUUGUCGAGAGCUCAUCGAGAGUAGGUUUACUCCGACCAAUAAGGAUGCUGAUAAGUUACCUGGACCAACCAAUGACGUCAUUUUCCCCGACGCCCCCGCUGUUGUGACGCAGUUAUAUUCGACCAAUAAGAAAUUCGCUAUUGUCUCAACUGUUGGCAUAUGCAUAGUAACAAAAUUGAAGCCUUGCGAUCAAUUAGCUCAGCUGCUGGUCAAGUACAACGUCGAUUCAGAACCAGUCCGCAUGUACUUUCAAGUUUUGAAGGAGCAAGCUAUGACCAAUUGCCUUAUGAUAAUGUGCUCCAAAGAUGCUGCCCAUUCACAGUUAAUCAAUCUAGUCACAAGGGCCUACAACAUGUACAAGUGGGACCAUAUAACAAGCCUAAAUGCAAGGAACGUUCUUAUUGGCCAGACGUCAACUCCAUUGCCUGGACACGGUCAACAGCCAUUACCAGGCAGAAACCUAUCCUUCAUGAAUUCACCCAACCCUAAUCAAAGACACCUGACUCCAUCUUGGCCAACGUCCCCACUGUCGACAUCAUCGCCACUUCCGCCACCGUCGUCGAGUGUGGCUGGCAUCGGCGGGCCACCGCAAUUAUUAUCAGCAGUGCCCCAGCCAGCGUCAUCAUCAUCAUCAUCGUCGUCGUCUUCUGGUGUGAUGUCUCUUAAUCAUAGGAGUCUGUAUUUAUUUCUGGCUAGAAUAUUGAGACCAGUGUGGUCUAAACCGAUCGCAGUGUCUGUGAUGCACAAGGAUAUGAAGACAGUUUUGAUAUCAAGUCGAUUGAAUAGCAACCAGCUGUCCAUCAUCUUACAAAAGUGCCAAGAUUUCAAGGGCCUCCUCAAAGACAACCCCUCCCUUCUUCAGGGGCCGCCCAGCACUUCCGCGACCCCCUUCAAUCAUUCCGGGGGUCUUAAUGCCCCCUCAUUGUAUGGUGCCACCAAUGGUCAUCAUUAUGGUGGGGGUAUUUAUGGUGGUGCUGGCGGCGGUCAUAAUGACUACCAAGACAGGCUUUUGGCCAGUACAUUUGACCAAUUAGCUUGCAGUGGUAAUCGUGACGUCUGCAAACAGUUAAUUAGGGCUUUGAUUGAGUUUUAUAUAGAAGAUAAUGCCUCAAUCGAUGUUGUCAGCGCUCGACUCAGAGAAUAUUGCUCGUAUUUUUAUAGUGCUCUUGACCAGGCACAGACUAAGGGUAGUGAAUUUAUAAAAGUGGCAAAGACAGUUCACAGUGUUGCUGAGAAGAAUAAACUUAUCAAUUUGGCUCUUCAGCAAUACAAAAUAGUAUGCAACUCGGAGGUCACCGCACCAACUACAACAACAACGCCAGCAACAACAACCUCAGCACUACUACAGCAAAAACAAACAGCUGAUCUGCCAACUAUGUGCUCUCGUUUAGCUUCAGCAACUGCCUACACCUCAUUGGUCGACCUAGUUCUCACAGCUGCGGCCAAACGUGAUCCAAAUAAUUUAGCGCUUCAUUUUUACUUGCACUAUAAACCGACUGAAGACCUUGAGGGCCUUAAAUAUUUCAACAUUCGGGCCGACUGCUAUAAAUCAAUAACCGAAACUUUAGAUUAUUUAUUAUCUUUGGUGAAUAGCGUGGAUAAUCAUACGUUGGAUGGAAAUCCUGAUUCUGAGAUGGAAAAUGGCGGAUUAGGCAGUAAGUUAGGAAGUCUGGUCUCGCCACUGUUUGGCAUUGGUGAGAAAAAGAAAGAUGCAAGCAUGAUGAAUAAUAAUGGAGGGGUGGUGAUUAGUAGAGAGGAAGCUGACAGGCAGAUCUCAGAGAUGUUACACACAAUAGUGAAGUCAGAUGAUCAGAUGUGCCACUAUGCACUAUUCACCUGGAUGAUAUCUAACAGCAUGCAAGACAGGCUACUGCAGCUCUCAUCGCCGUACAUGGAAACAUUCCUGAAAAUAGAAUCGACACCCCAACAACUGCAGCCCCAACCACAGCAGCAGCAGCAGCUGUCAAUACAGCAGCAGCAGUUUCAAAAUUCCAUAUCCGAUCUACUAACCAGGUACUACAUUAGAGAGAAGAAGUUCACCCAGGCUGCUAGAAUAUUGGACAAGAUGGCACUGGAACCAGGGAACCACAUAACAUUGAAAGACAGACUCGAUUACAUGUCCAGAGCCGCACUAUGCCUGCAAUCAUCAUCAGCCCUACCAGCAUCAUCAUCAUCAUCUGGGGUUGUUGGUGGGGUGGGGGUGCCUCAGACAGUGGGUGAAUUUAUGAGGGAGGUGCAGGAGAAAGUUGAGGUGAUCCUAUUACAAAUGGAGGUUAUGAAAUAUAUAGAAAGGUCGGCGGACAAAUUCGAUAGCAAUGAGAUAAAAAUGGUCGUCAUGAAUCUAAACUCACAACUAUACGACGUAUCUGAACUGUAUUCGAAGUUUGCGAUUCCAUUUGAGUUGUCGGCUUGCAAGCUGGCCAUCCUUCACAGCUCAGGUCACGUCGAGGUCAACCUCAUCCAAUCACUUUGGAAGGAAAUUAUUGUUAAUGAAUUCUCUCAGACAGCCAGCAGGGCAGCAGAUGUGCAUUACAGCAUGCAGACCAUUUCAACUGCUCUCUCCAGCGUUGGAAAGCUGUACCACAAAACCGACCACUUCUUUCCUAUUGACUUUUUGGUACAGUGCCUAGAGCAAAUGAGUGUGCAAAACGGGUUUGACCUUGUUGACCUGUCAUUUGUUUACAAGAUAUUUUUAGAUAUCGGCGUUGAUGUCGUUCAACUACAUGAGGCGUACGAAAGAGUGUACAGACAGAAGUUGAGUUACUAUCUCGUUGAAGUCCAGGCCAACAUGAACCAGGGAGAGCGACUGAUAGUAAAACUGAAAGAGUUACAAUUCAAAAUCCAAAGAUUGGUUGCCAUAAAAUAAUUAUAACAAUAAUAAUAAUAAUUAUUAUUAUUAUUCAUUAUUAUUAUUAUUUGUUUUUACUAUUAUUUCUGUUGUUAAUGUUAUUACUGAUGAUUUGAAAAUGGCCAAAGUGGGUGAUGUUAUGUCAAUGAAGAUAAGGAUGAAAGCAAUAUGAUAAUUAUAAAACAACACUAUCAUUGUUAUUUUUAUUAUCACUUAUAACCUUUUUUAUCAUUAUUACUGAUCUUAUCAUUAUGAUUUCAUUGGCAGAUUGGCUCGAAUGUUUUAGAUAAGACUCUGAUAGAAUGAUGUGUUGAUGAUGGUUGUUGACGAUACGGUCUUGAAAAAGUUCUCGUUUUUUUAAAUUAGACUGUGACAACAAUAUUUCGAUUAUCUUUAUUAAUAAAUUUAUUAUUACUAAAUAAUCUAUUUAAAUAAAUUAAUGUCAUAAUUU